AUGCUCCAGCCCUGGCUGCUGCUUUGCUUCUGCGGGGCCCUGCUCGGUGCUGGUCUGCCCGAUGCCUACGCCAGCCCAGGCCCCCAGAGGCCGAAGGACUCUCCACAGACAGCCCCGGACAAAGGCCGCUGCUCCACGUGGGGGGCCGGGCACUUCUCCACCUUCGACCACCAUGUGUAUGACUUCUCGGGGACGUGCAACUACGUGUUUGCGGCCACCUGCAAGGACGCCUUCCCCACCUUCAGCGUCCAGCUGCGGCGAGGCCUAGACGGAAGCAUCGCACGGAUCAUCGUGGAGCUGGGGGCCUCUGUGGUCACCGUGAGCGAAGGCACCAUCUCGGUCAAGGACAUCGGGGUCAUCAGCCCACCCUACACCAGCAACGGGCUCCAGAUCACACCCUUUGGCCAGAGCAUGCGGCUGGUGGCCAGGCAGCUGGAGCUGGAGCUGGAGGUCAUGUGGGGCCCCGACGCCCACCUCAUGGUCCUGGUGGAGCAGAAGUACAUGGGCCAGAUGUGUGGGCUCUGCGGGAACUUUGACGGGAAGGCAACCAAUGAGUUCAUCAGUGAGGAGGGCAAGCUCCUGGAACCCCACAAGUUUGCUGCCCUCCAGAAGCUGGAUGACCCCAGCGAGAUCUGUGCCUUCGAGGCCAUCCCCAGCCCCCCGGUCCGGCAGGCCCAGCACGCCCGGAUCUGCACCCAGCUGGUGACCUUGGUGGCCCCCGAGUGCAGCGUGCCCAAGGAGCCCUUCGUGCUGAGCUGCCAGGCAGACAUGGCGGCGGCCACCCAGCCAGGCCCGGGGAACAGCAGCUGCGCCACGCUCUCCGAAUACUCCCGCCAGUGCAGCAUGGAGCGGCAGCCCGUCCGCCGCUGGCGGGGCCCCAGCCUCUGCCCCGUGGGUCAGUGCCCGGCCAACCAGGUGUACGAGGAGUGCGGCUCAGCCUGCGUGAAGACCUGCUCCAACCCCCAGCACAGCUGCUCCAGCACCUGCACCUUCGGCUGCUUCUGCCCGGAAGGGACGGUCCUGAACGACCUCUCCAAUAACCACACCUGCGUGCCCGUCACCCAGUGCCCCUGUGUGCUCAACGGCGCCACGUACGCCCCUGGGGCGGUCACAACAGCUGCCUGCCGAACCUGCCAGUGCACCCUGGGCCGCUGGGCGUGCACGGAGCGGCCGUGCCCCGGCCACUGCUCCCUGGAAGGCAGCUCCUUCGUCACCACAUUCGAUGCCAGGCCCUACCGCUUCCACGGUACCUGCACCUACAUCCUCCUCCAGAGCCCCCAGCUUCCCGAAAAUGGCACCCUCAUGGCUGUGUACGACAAGUCCGGCUUCUCACACUCCGAGACCUCCCUGGUGGCUGUCGUCUACCUCUCCAGGCAGGACAAAAUCGUGAUCUCUCAGGACGAGGUGGUCAGCAACAACGGAGCCGCCAAGUGGCUGCCGUACAGGACUCGCAACAUCACGGUCUUCAGGCAGACGUCCACCCACCUCCAAAUGGUCACCAGCUUCGGGCUGGAGCUCGUGGUGCAGCUGCGCCCCAUCUUCCAGGCUUACAUCACUGUCGGGCCCCAGUUCAGAGGCCAGACCAGAGGACUCUGCGGCAACUUCAACGCGGACACGACGGACGACUUCACCACCAGCCUGGGCAUCCCCGAGGGCACCGCCUCGCUGUUCGUGGACUCCUGGCGGGCAGGGAACUGUCCGGCCGCUCUGGAGCGUGAGACUGACCCCUGCUCCAUGAGCCAGCUCAACAAGGUGUGUGCGGAGACCCACUGCUCCGUCCUGCUGAGGACAGGCACGGUGUUCGAGAGGUGCCACACCACGGUGAACCCCACGCCCUUCUACAAGAGGUGCGUAUAUCAGGCCUGCAACUAUGAGGAGACCUUCCCCCAUAUCUGCGCCGCCCUGGGCGACUACGUACACGCCUGCGCCUCACGAGGCGUCCUGCUCUGGGGCUGGAGAAGCAGCGUGGAGAACUGCACUGUCCCCUGCACGGGAAACAGCACCUUCAGCUAUGACAGCCGAGUCUGUGAGCGCACCUGCCUGUCGCUGUCGGACCGCACUGCUGAGUGCCACGCCAGCGCGGUGCCCGUGGAUGGCUGCAACUGCCCCGACGGCACCUAUCUGAACCACAAGGGCGAGUGUGUGCACAAGGCCCAGUGCCCGUGCACGCUGGAGGGCUACAAGUUCAUCCUGGCCCAGCAGGCCACCGUGAUCAAUGGUGCCACCUGCUACUGCAUCAAUGGACGGCUGAGUUGUCCACAGCGGCCACAGAUGUUUCUGGCCUCCUGUCCAACCCCCAAGACCUUCGAGUCCUGCAGCCAGUCCUCUGAGAAUGUGUUCGGGGCAGCCUGUGCCCCCACGUGCCAGAUGCUGGCCACCGGUGUCGCCUGCGUGCCUACCAAGUGUGAGCCUGGUUGUGUCUGCGCCAAGGGCCUCUAUGAGAAUGCCGAUGGGCAGUGUGUGCCCCCCGAGGAGUGCCCGUGUGAGUUCUCGGGGGUCUCCUACCCUGGGGGAGCUGAGCUCCACACCGACUGCAGGACCUGCACCUGCUCGAGGGGGAGGUGGGCCUGCCAGCAGGCCACCCACUGCCCGUCCACCUGCACCCUCUACGGGGAGGGCCACAUCGUCACCUUCGACGGCCAGCGCUUUGUAUUUGACGGCAGCUGCGAGUACAUCCUGGCCAUGGACGGCUGUGGUGCCAACGACUCCCAGCCCACCUUCAAGAUCCUGACGGAGAACGUGGUCUGUGGGAAGGCUGGGGUCACCUGCUCUCGGGCCAUCAAGCUCUUCCUGGGGGGCCUGUCCGUUGUGCUGGCGGACAGAAACUACACAGUCUCCGGGGAGGAGCCCCACGUGCAGCUCCGGGUGAGGCCGGAUGCGCUGAGCCUUGCUGUGGAUGUCGGCGUCCCCGGGAGGUACAACCUGACACUCGUCUGGAACAGGCACAUGACCGUCCUCAUCAGGAUCACCCGAGCCUCUCAGGACACCAUCUGCGGCCUGUGUGGCAACUUCAACGGGAACAUGAAGGACGACUUCGAGACGCGCAGCCGGUACGUGGCAUCCAGCGAGCUGGAGUUCGUGAACUCGUGGAAGGAGAGCCCGCUGUGCGGGGACGUGAGCUUCGUGGCGGACCCCUGCAGCCUCAAUGCCUUCCGGCGCUCCUGGGCCGAGCGAAAGUGCAGCGUCAUCAACAGCCAGACCUUCGCCACCUGCCACAGCAAGGUGUACCACCUGCCCUACUACGAGGCCUGUGUGCGCGACGCGUGUGGGUGUGACAGUGGCGGGGACUGUGAGUGUCUGUGCGACGCCGUGGCUGCCUACGCCCAAGCCUGCCUGGACAAGGGCGUGUGUGUGGACUGGAGGACCCCGGCCUUCUGCCCCAUCUACUGCGGCUUCUACAACACCCACACGCAGGACGGCCACGGCGAGUACCAGCACACGGAGGAGGCCAACUGCACGUGGCACUACCAGCCCUGCCUCUGCCCCGGCCAGCCACAGAGCGUCCCGGGCAGCAACAUCGAAGGCUGCUACAACUGCUCCCAGGAUGAGUACUUCGACCACGAGGAGGGCGUGUGCAUGCCAUGCAUGCCACCCAGCACGCCGCAGCCGCCCACCACAGGUCUGCCCCACUCAGGCUCACGGCCCACGCAAGUCUGGCCCACGACGGGAACCGCCACCACCAUCAGGCUCCUCAGCUCCACUGGUGGACCCUCGCCCAGCUCCAAAAGCACCACUGCCGGCCCCACCCAGACACCCAUCCUUCCAGCCACGCUCACGCCCUCCAAGCCCACGGCCUCCUCGGGAGAACCACUGAGACCAACCACGGCCAUCACCCCUCAAGCCACAUCAGGGCAGAUGCCCACAGCCACGCUGAGGUCGACAGCCACAAAACCCAUUGUGACCCAGGCCACAACCCGGGCCACGGCACCGACCACCAGCCCAGCCACAAAGUCCACAGCUCAGUCCACGACACGAACCACAGUGACGCCACCAACACCAGCAGCAUCAGGGACAAGCCCCACGCUGGCAAAAUCCACCCAUCAGGAACUGCCAGGCACAACGGCCACUCGGACAACAGGCCCACGUCCAACUGCAGCCAGCACCGCAGGCCCAACCACCCCACAGCCAGAGCAACCCACGAGGCCCACAGCCACAGAGAGGACAACGCACACAAGAACAACUACAGAAGACACAACGCCACAAACGCCACACACCACACACUCGACAGCUACGGGAGGCAGUCCCACCUCUUCCACUGGUCCUGUGACUGCAACAUCCUUCAAGACCACAACUACCCAUCCAACCCCACCACACCCACAGACCACACUUCCCACUCAUGUUCCACCUUUCUCCACCUCCUCAGUGACUCCCAGUACUCACACAGUCAUCACCCCUACACACCCACCAAUGUCCACUUCCCCCUCCACCCACUCAAUCCCCACAGGCACCGUACCAGUACCCACAACAGUCAAAGCCACAGUAUCCACCCACACAGCCCCACCAAUGACAGCCACCACCAGUGAGACCAGCCAAGCCCACAGCUCAUUCAGCACAGCCACAACCUCUACAUCCCUCCACUCACACGCUAUCUCCACACACCAUCCUGAAACCACCCCAACUUCUUCCACCACCAUUACUCCCAAGACCACCAGUAGAGGAACCAGCACCCCAGUGGCCACCACCACCUCGGCCACCAGCAGCAGACCACCCACACCCUUCACCACACACUCUCCACCUACAGGGAGCAGACCUAUCUCUUCCAUUGGUCCUAUGACUGCAACAUCCUUCAAAACCACCACAACCCAUCCAACUGCACCACACCCUCCGACCACACUUUCCACUCAUAUUCCACCUUUCUCCACCUCUUCAGUGACUCCAAGUACACACAAGAUCAUCACUCCUACCCACCCACCAAUAUCCACUUCCCCCUCCAUCCACUCAACCCCCACAGGCACCGUGCCAGUACCCACAACGGUCAAGGUCACAGGGACCACACACACAGCCCCGCCAAUGACGGCCACCACCAGUGGGACCAGCCACGCCCAAAGCUCAUUCAGCACAGCCACAACCUCUACAUCCUUCCACUCACAUGGUUUCUCCACACACUAUCCUGAAAUCACCCCAACUUCUUCCACCACCAUUACUCCAAAACCCACUGGUACAGGAACCACCCCACCAAUGACGGCCACCACAAGUGGGACCAGCCAAGCCCACAGCUCAUUCAGCACAGCCACAACCUCUACAUCCCUCCACUCACAGGCUUCCUCCACACACCAUGCUGAAAUCACCCCAACUUCUUCCACCACCAUUACUCCCAAGACCACCAGUAGAGGAACCGGCACCCCUGUGGCCACCACCACCUCGGCCACCAGCAGCAGGCCACCCACACCCUUCACCACACACUCCCCACCUACAGGCAGCAGUGCCAUCUCUUCCACUGGUCCUAUAACUACAACAUCUUUCAAGACCACGACUACCCAUCCGACCCCACCACAAUCUCAGACCACACUUCCCACUCAUGUUCCACCUUUCUCCACCUCCUCAGUGACUCCCAGUACUCACAGAGUCAUCACUCCUACACAUUCACCAAUGUCCACUUCCCCCUCAAUCCACUCAACCCCCACAGGCACCAUGCCUCCACAGACAACGGUCAGAGCCACAGGAUCCACGCACACAGCCCCACCAAUGACAGCCACCACCAGUCAGACCGGCCAAGCCCACAGCUCAUUCAGCACGGCCACAACCUCUACAUCCCUCCACUCACAGGCUUCCUCCACACACCAUCCUGAGACCACCCCACCUCCUACCACCACCAGUACUCCAAAGUCCACUGGUACAGGAACCAGCACCGCUGUGGCCCACAGCACCUCGGUCACCAGCCACAGGCCACCCACACCCUUCACCACACACUCCCCACCUACAGGCGGCAGUCCCAUCUCUUCCACUGGUCCUAUAACUACAACAUCCUUCAAGACCACCACUAUCCAUUCAACUCCACCACACCCACAGACCACACUUUCCACUCACGUUCCACCUUUCUCCACCUCCUCAGUGACUCCCAGUACUCACACGGUCAUCACCACUACACACCCACCAAUGUCCACUUCCCCUUCCAUCCACUCAACCCCCACAGGCACCAUGCUUCCACAGACCACAGUCAGAGCUACAGGAUCCACACACACAGCGCCACCAAUGACAGCCACCACCAGUGGGACCAGCCACGCCCACAGCUCAUUCAGCACAGCCACAGGCUCUACUUCCUUCAUAUCCUCCUCCUCUUGGUCGCCUCAGAACUCUAGCUCAAGGCCACCAUCACCAUCUUCUGCCACCACACCACUGCCCCACUCGGGUUCUCCAACCACUCCGGUUUCUGCAACUCAUCAGCUGCACUGGUCCUCAUCCUCCCCGCCGCCCUCUGCCCCAUCUUCUGUUACUCCUCACGUUUCCUCCUCCCACUCCUCUCCCCAGACUUCACCUUCUUCAGUGGUGUCUGUCCCCGUGCACUCCACAACUCUGAGCUCGGGCUCCCACUCCUUUUUCACUCGUUCCCCAGCUGCAUCGGCAUCUUUGUCUCCUCUUUCUCCUUCUCCAGCUGCCUCUACCACCAGCAGGGCCUCCCUCCCCCACACGACUUCCCCUCCUGUCAGCCUCUCCACUCUGCUCCCCGUAUCCACUCCCACUGCAUCCAGCACCACAGCGUUUCCAUCCACGCGCAGGACCACGGCCAGCACCCACCUCGCCUCUGCCAUCUCCUCUCAGUCCACCACCUCACACUUCACUUCUCUCACCACCCGAGUUCCCACACCAGGCUUCGUGUCACUCACCUCGGGGGUGACAGGUAUCCCAAGCUCUCCCAUCACCAACCUCACCACCAGGCACCCUGGUCCCACCUCGGUGCAUACCACACGGUUCCUGACCAGCUCCCUCACUGCGCAUGGAAGCACCCCUGCUUCUGCCUCAGUAUCUUCUCUCGUGACAACUACGCCCAGCUCAUCCAGGGUCUGCAGCGUGCAGGAGCAGCAGGAGGAGAUCACGUUCAAGGGCUGUGUGGCCAACGUGACGAUGACCCGCUGUGAGGGCGUCUGCAUUUCCUCUGCCAGCUUCAACAUCGACAUCCAGCAGCUGGAUGCCCGCUGCAGCUGCUGCCGCCCGCUCCAUUCCCACGAGCAGCAGCUCGAGCUGCCCUGCCCAGACCCCAGCGCGCCUGGCCGGCGGCUCGUGCUCACCCUGCAGGUGUUCAGCCGUUGCGUGUGCAGCUCUGUGAGCUGUGGACACUAGCAGGGUCACUGCCUGGUCUCCUGGGAGUGAACGGCUGCAGAUGACAGAGAAGGACAACCCCUCCCACCGGCCCCUUCCCACUCGUGCCGGCAGCUGCGUCCCUGGUUACCAGCCCUGGCCCCCAAGAGCCCUCGGCCGUGGCUCACCUGAGACACUGGUGGGAGAGAGGCUGCCAAGCGGAGGCUCAGACCACCACACUCCUGCAGACCCUGACCCAGCUGAGCGGGACUGAGGUGGGCAGUGGCCACGGACCCUCCCAGGCACACGGGGCACUCCCAACCACCCCUGUCUGCUGUCCAACACCUCCCAGCCUCUGAGCUGGACCCCAGCCCUGCUGGGCCCAGAACGCUGCAGAUGAGGCUGCGAAGCAGGUGCUGGGCCAGACCCAUUGGGGGCGGGGACAACAUGGGAACCUGCAAAGAGCUGGGGGCAAGAGACCCAGGCAGGCACCGGCCCAGAGAAGGGGCCUCCCAGGGUCAGGGAGGACAGAGAGUGGCAGGGAAGGUAGGGAAGCCACCCCCGCUCCCAGCCAGCCAGGAGCUCCCUCCCCACCAGCACCGCACCGUCCUCAGCAGCUUCUCCUGGGAAGACAGCGUCACCUGGCCAGAGACUCCAAAUAAACUGGUUCUUAUCAAGGCACAGAGACUGGUCCCUGAGCACUGCUUUUGCCUCUCCCCAGCCCCUUCGACCUGAGGCACCCACCCCACACCUGCACCCUGUGGGCCCUGCG